UUUUCACACUGUCACCCUUGAAAAGGAGCGAAAAACCUCUCUCCCUCUCUCCUUACCUUUCCAUCGUUGUUGAAAAUUCUCUUGUUCUUGUGAAUUACAGAUUUCUGGUAGCUAUUUCUGUUUCGUUUCUAUGGAUUUUCCUUGAAAACGAAGCGAGGAAUUUCUCUGUCGUCUCUUACAUCCGACGGAAGCUAAUCGUAAAUCGUAAUUGACGAGAAAGAGAGAGAAAAGCGAACUCCGACCCCACAAUUUCUCCUCCGAUUCUUACCUUCUCGUCGAUUCUUUGCCUUUUCUCUGUUCAAAAGUUGCAACGAUGUCCCGUUUAUUCAGAGAGCGAUCACGAGGAAGCUCAAGGAGGCAUGGUUCGAGUUCGAGCUCAGUGCUAGUUGACACAACAACUAACACUACUUCGGCCGCCGCCGCUUCCACCAGCGCCGCUGCGACCUCCAUAACCAUGCCAGUUUAUCCGAUUGACGAGAUCCCUUCGCCGUUCGGCGACUUAGGCCUGCAACUGUCCGACUCGGAGCUUCGAGUAACCGCGUACGAGAUCUUGAUUGGAUCGUGCCGGAGCACCGGAGGGAAGCCGUUAACUUAUAUCUCGCAGUCGGAGAGGGGAGUUGACCGGUCGAUGUCGACGGCGCCGUCGCUACACCGGUCGCUGACGUCGACGGCUGCGAGCAAAUUUAAGAAGGCGCUAGGGCUUAAAUCGUCGUCGUCGGCGAAGAAGAGGACAAUCGGAGGCGAUGAUUCGGGAAGUCAAGGUCGAGCGAAAUCGGGAUUGACGGUUGGGGAGUUGAUUAGGGUUCAGAUGAGAAUUUCAGAGCAGAUUGAUUCGAGAAUUAGAAGGGCACUGUUGAGGAUCACUGCUGGACAGCUUGGAAGACGCAUAGAGUCGAUGGUUCUGCCCCUUGAGCUCUUUCAACAGCUCAAGGCCUUGGACUUUCAAAACAGUGAAGAAUACAUGGCUUGGCAAAGGCGGUAUUUAAAGGUUCUUGAAGUAGGACUUCUAUUGCAUCCUCACAUGCCGCUAGAAAAGACAGGUGAUGCUCCAAAACGUUUUCGGCACAUUGUUCGUGGUGCUAUGGAGAAACCCAUUGAUGCAGGAAAGAACUUUGAAACAAUACAAGACCUCCGAAGUAUCGUGUUGUCUCUUGCUUGUAGAUCAGUUUGCGAGUCUGAUCCAAGCACGUGCCAUUGGGCAGAUGGGUUCCCUUUAAAUCUCAGGCUCUACCAAACGCUGUUAGAAGCUUGUUUUGAUGCUAAUGAUGCAACUUCUAUCAUUGAAGAGGUUGAUGAGGUCUUGGAACACGUUAAGAAAACUUGGGUGGUGCUUGGUAUGAACCAGAUGCUGCAUAAUCUUUGUUUCUCGUGGGUUUUAUUCAAUCAUUAUGUUGGCACGGGGCAGGUGGCUAGUGACUUGUUAUUUGCAUCCAAAAGCCUGUUGGCUGAAGUUGAGAACGAGGUUGAGUCCUUCAAGGAUCCUAUUUAUUCAACCAUCCUGAAUGCCACUCUUAGUUCGAUUCUGGUUUGGACGGAGAGAAAGCUUAUUGCAUAUCGCAGCGACUUUCACAGUGACAAUAUUGAGUGUAUGCAAAACCUAGUUUCUAUUGCAGUGUUAUCGUCCGAGUUAAUGCAAAAUGGUCACAACCAUGAUUGGAAGAAGGUAGAAGUUGAUGUGGCUUAUAACAAGGUUGAUAAAUAUAUACGAUCGUCACUUCAAACGGCUUUUUCUAAGAAAAUGGAGCAGGUGAAAUCAAGCAAGUAUUCCUCUAAAAACCAGAAAAGUCCAGUUCAUGUUCUUUCCGUCCUUGCACAAGACAUGAGUGAACUGGCCUUUGACGAGAAGGCGAUGAUUAGUCCGAUAUUGAAGGAAUGGCACCCUAAUGCAGCAGGAGUAGCCGUGUCAACACUUCAUUCUUGUUAUGGGAAGGAACUGAAAAAAUUCAUUUCGGGUAUCGGUGAACUGACGCCUGAUGCUAUUGAAGUGCUGAACGCAGCUGAUAAAUUGGAGAAGGAUCUCGUACAGAUCGCAGUAGGAGAUUCGGUAGACAGCGAAGAUGGUGGGAAGUCCAUAAUACAAGAGAUGCCUCCUUAUGAAGCUGAAGCGCUAAUUGGGAACCUCGUGAAGUCGUGGAUCACUAUGAGAGUGGACAGGUUAAAGGAAUGGAUUGGUAGAUUCCUUCAACAAGAGGUGUGGAACCCACGUGCAAACAAAGAGCAUAUUGCUCCUUCUGUCGUUGAAGUUCUACGAAUUGUCGAUGAAAGUUUUGAAGCAUUUUUUCUGUUACCGAUACCGCAGCACGCAUCGUUGCUUCCUGAUCUAAUGACUGGUCUUGAUAAAUGCUUGCAGCAGUACAUACUUAAGGCAAAAUCUGGCUGCGGUUCUCGAAGCACCUAUAUUCCUGCUCUUCCUGCUUUAACUAGAUGUUCGAAAGGAUCAAAGUUCGGCGUGUUUAAAAAGAAGGAAAAAUUGCAAACAGGUCAGGGUAGAAAAACCCAAUUUGGGAUCACAGGCAUGGACAACUCUUUGUCGAUACCUCAGCUAUGCGUUUGUAUCAAUUCUUUGCACCAUAUUCGGAGCGAGCUGGAAGUUCAGGAAAGAAAAGCAAUUGCCCGUCUUAAGAAUCUCGAUUCUACUUACACAGAUGCUGUUAGGAACCAAGCUGGGAAAUGGUUUGAGCUCUCGGCGUCUUCAUGUGUGGAAGGGAUAAGGCAACUAUGUGAAGCAACAGCAUACAAAGUUGUAUUUCAUGAUCUCAGUCAAUUUUUAUGGGAUGGCUUAUAUAUACGGGAAGUUGCAUCUUCAAGGAUUGAGCCAUUCCUUCAGGAGCUUGAGCAAUAUUUAGAAACUAUUUCAUCAACAGUUGUCCAUGACAGAGUCAGAACGCGAGUUAUAACUGACGUGAUGAAAGCCUCUUUAGAAUGUUUUCUUUUGGUUUUACUUGCUGGGGGACCGUCUCGUACUUUCCUUAAGCAAGAUUCAGAACUAAUAGAGGAGGAUUUUAAGUUUCUUACAGAUCUAUUUUGGUCUAAUGGGGAUGGACUGCCUGCUGAUUUGAUUAGUAAACAUGCAGGAAACGUUAAGGGAGUUAUCGAUCUAUUUUGUUCAGACUCAGAAAGUCUAAUCGAACAGUUCAAAUGUGCAAUGGUGGAAUCACAUGGCACUCAAGCUAAAUCCAGGCUUCCUUUGCCACCAACUUCUGGCCAUUGGGGUCCAACCGAGCCGAACACCCUUCUCCGUGUCUUGUGCUAUCGCAACGAUGAGAUAGCUGCAAAGUUUCUCAAGAAGACUUACAAUUUGCCCAAAAAACUAUGACAGAUUUGCUGACGAACUUACCAAUGUAAAUGAUUCUCUUCAAGAUUAGAGCUGGAAUAGAAUUCCAUGCCUCACCAAUCCAAUGAUAUACUGUACAUAGAAGGCAGCCUUGUGCCAAUUGUGGCAACAAGUUAUGAGUUCGUGCAUUGAAAUUUACGGUCCUCAGAGAGAACAUUCUUGCUUGAUAUCGUCGUAGGAAAGUGCAGUUUCUUGCAUCCACAGUCCCGGUGCGAGAUAUGCAGACUUUUGUUCCUCUGGAUCCUUACAGUUACAGCCUGUUCUAUACAUAGUUAGGUAAAAGGACAAAGAACACAGCAUACUUGGUGAGGUUCCUCUGCUUUCUUCAACCAUCUGAUUGUGACACACUUCUUUUUAACAUACAUAUCUCAUACCACACCGUAAGAAAUGACACACAAACUUCAACUUUAAAUAGGGAGUUAAUUUUCUUCUUUUGGCAGUUGUAAUCUGAUACUGAUGAUUUUUGUGUUUCCCUCCCCUGUAUGUUCAUUGAUUGAAGUGUAUGUCGUGAGUUUUUAGUUGUAUAUUGAUUUAGGCUUGUAGAUUUGUAGAAGAAUGAGAAGGAAGAUGGUGCAUUUUGGGCUGAUUAUAUUCAUAUUUGAGAACAGCGUGAUUUUAAAUCUUUCCCCACCUGCUUCGAACCAAUAAAUCAUGUGCAUUGAGAUGGAAAAUUUGUUAAAUGUUGUAGAUUGAGAUUGUAUACGUUUUUAUGACAAUAGUUUCUUCCUCU